GCUGGGGAGGCAGGCAGUUCGCUGGGAACUAACCUGCAGCUUCGGUGCUCGAGGGCUUCCCCUCCAUCACUCGGUUGAGCUUUAGGAAGCAGAUUGGAUCCCUGCCAACCUGUCUGGCGCUUGAAGCUUGAUCUGGAUUCCGUCCUCACUUUGCAGAACUUGGUCAAAGUGUCUUGCAGUUUGUGCCCAUGCGGAGCGAGUCCGCUCUGGUGCACUGUUCGCCACUGGUACACUUCCUGUUGCACACAAUGUUCUAUGGCACAGAGACCGACGUUUUCUCUUUAAUAGUCACGGGUGUUGGGUGGAAAGUAGUAUCUUUUUGUAAAUUAGGACAAGACUAACAUUGGGUUAGUGGAUCAAGGGACAGUGUUAGUACAGGGGCUGCUGGGUUUCAGAAGUCAGGAGAACGUUGUCGGUGACUCUCGGCUCCCGUGCGGAAUAGCGGACGGACCGUGUCUGACAUUUUCGUUCAGCCAUAAUGGUGCGCAUGAAUGUCCUGGCUGAUGCUCUGAAGAGUAUCAACAAUGCCGAAAAGAGAGGCAAGCGCCAGGUUCUCAUCAGGCCGUGCUCCAAAGUCAUCGUCCGGUUUCUGACCGUGAUGAUGAAGCAUGGUUACAUUGGCGAAUUUGAAAUUAUUGAUGACCACAGAGCUGGGAAAAUUGUUGUGAACCUCACAGGCAGGUUGAACAAGUGUGGAGUAAUCAGCCCCAGAUUUGAUGUGCAACUAAAAGAUCUAGAAAAAUGGCAGAACAACUUGCUUCCGUCCCGUCAAUUUGGUUUCAUUGUACUGACAACCUCAGCGGGCAUCAUGGACCAUGAAGAAGCAAGACGAAAACACACAGGAGGGAAAAUCCUGGGAUUCUUUUUCUAGGGAUGUGAUACAUAUGUGGAAAUAAAAUGCCUCAAAGGAC